CAUACAUUUCCAAUGUAAGAGCAAGUUGUAAAAGUCCAUGUGAGCUAUCUAGCUCUGAAAAUAUUGGGAAUUUGUGGACAAAUUAUGUCAUUCGAAAGACCAGUGGAUAGACGUGGGAAAGUGUGUUUAGCAAAUGGUGAAUUCUUUACCAUACAACAGACGCCUGAGUUGCGUGUCAAAGAUGUAUGCAUUGAAAUUUGCAAGAAAUUGGACAUUGCUCCUAUGGCUUUACAUUUCUUCACACUUAUGACAACAGACUGUGAACACUGCCUUGACAUCGAAUGCCAGAUAACGGAAAAAUGUGACAGACAAAAGAUCAUUAUUAUAAUCCCAACAUAUAUUGGAAGACAUUCCCAAUCAGGUCUUUUCUUUCGGCUUGCAUUUAGAGCUGUUGCUGGUUCCUAUUUAAAAGCUGUGAAUGUUGCUACAUUUGAAUACUUUGUCAUGCAGGUGUUAUUGAUUUUGGUCACCUUUCUUAUUAGCAUAUAUCAUCAAAUUUGUCGAUGGGAUUACAUCAAGCAAAGAGUGGACAACUUGUCCUGGAAAGAUCAUCUCACUUUGCUAGUUCUUGAGUCAAUAAUCCAAGCUCACGAAAAAAACAUAACUGCCAAAGAAGUUCUUGACAAACCGAAAUGCCAUGGUAUUGCUCAUUUGUUUGUGAGUAAAGACUACAAGCCAAAAAAAAUACGAUCUCAUUUGAAGACACAACUCCCACAGUUCAAAACUGAACAAGCAAAUGCAGACUACGCGAAAAUCUCGUUUUUGGAUGUCCUUGAGCGUGUUCCUGAUUUUGGUGUUAUGAAUAUUCUUGUGAAAAUGUUUUAUUACCAAGCUCCUUCGGAAGAUAAAGUCUUGCCUGUAGAAUGUGAGAUUCUGAUAUCACCAAAUGGCGUUAAAAAAAGACGUACUUACCAGAAAGAUGAGUACGGCAGUAAUUAUGAAUACAGUAAAGUUGAAGAGAUCAUCUGCGAUCAUAAAGAUAUUGUAAGCCUCGACAUAAAUCAAUCCCAGUCUGGAGAAGUCAGCAUCCGCAUAAUUAGAAAGAACUCGUCUUCCGAGGUCGUUUUCGUCGACGAUUCUAUGAUAAAAGCGAAAAGUCUUAUGACGUUGAUUGAUGGCUUUUAUCGUUUGCUUGUGAACCCAUACAAAACCUUAAUGAAAUGUGGAUCUGGUCAUAAUAAAUCAUAUGGAGAAGUCCAUCAGCAAUUUGGGAUCCAUGGACCGAUUGAGCAAAAGAAGGUUGACAAUCUCUUAAAGGCGGUAACAACAGAAAACAGCAAUCCAUCUGGCGUUUAUAUGCUACGCCAAAGUCCCAAACAUUUUGACAGUUAUAUCCUAUCACUCAUUCACGGCAAUGAAGUAAAGAAUUACGAAAUAUUAGUCGACAAUGGCAAGUACUGCCUAAAGGAUGGGCCCGUGUUUGACAGUAUGGUAAAACUUGUGGAGUUUUAUAAGACUGAACAGAUCGGUUUUCCGACUGUACUAACGAAACAUUGUCCAGUACCAACUGAAGAAUUGCAGUUUUGUGAGUGGAAAUGCAUCGAUAAAUCUACAAAACAUAGAAAUUUGUUGUUAAAGUUGAUUCAAUAUGGACGCAAUCGGAAUACCGAGGUUAAACUUGUUGGUGAUGUACGUGUGAUUUUUUCCGACGAGUUUUGCAUUGGCAAAGGAAGCAACGAAACCCGUGUUUUUCUGGGACUGAGAAAGGAUGGUUACUGCAAAGCAGUAAAACGAAUACUUAGAGAUAACUGUAUUAAGAGUGCGCAACAAGAAAAGAAAAUUUUGAAUGAAUUCAACGCAAAGAAGUCAAAAUAUGUUGUGAAUUAUUCCUACUUAGAUGAGGAUACUGGAACGGAAUAUGUCUAUUUAAUAUUAGACUUAUGCGAAGAAUCAUUGGAGAGUUUUGUGAAGUUUUCUACUUUGCCUGAUCUUCAAAAAGCUCUUCCAGAAAUUCUUACACAAAUUUUAAAAGGAUUAGCUGAUCUUCACAGCGGCCCAAAUCCUAUUCUUCAUCGGGAUUUGAAGCCUUCCAAUGUUCUCCGAGAUUCACAAGGUAAGUUUCUGAUAGCUGAUUUUGGGAUUAGUCGAAUAUUAAAGAAUGGCUUGAGGACAUAUGAAAGCAGGGCUAACAGGGGAACUGAGUAUUGGAUUGCACCUGAAUCAUAUUGCGAAGAUGAAGAUACAGUUGAUAAAGGACGUUACAAGAAAGAGUCUGAUGUAAUGAAUGCUGGAAUGGUGGCUUAUUAUGUUGCCACGAAAGGUAAACAUCCUUUUGGAACUAAACGGCAUAUACUGGACAAUAUGUUAAAUGGAAACCCUGUUGGCUUAGAUCAAAUCAAGGAUGAAGCAUUGAAAGACCUUUUGUUCUGGAUGUUAAAUCUACGACCUGAAGAUCGGCCAUCUGCUAACGAAGCGUUGAAACACCCAUUUCUUAUGUCGGAUGACGAGAAGUUUGAUUUUUUAUGUAAAGUUGGAAACCAACAGCCAAUAAAGACGAGCGACACCGAUUCAAGUGUCGUCAAACAAUUAAAUAGCAAGUAUUCAAAUUGGAAAAGUUUUAUGGACACUGAUGUAUAUGAUUUUUUUAGAACAGACAAGGUAAAUGGAAAAAUGUAUAAGUAUGGGCCUUCAUUGACAGAAUGCCUGAGACUAAUUCGAAAUAUUGGCCAACAUUGGUACGAUGGACCUCUACCUCAACCAGAGCCAUUUUAUAAAAUUGGCAAUCACAAGGCGUAUUUUCUCCAAACAUUCCCCAAUCUCCCUGUUCUGGUGCAUGCAGCGAUUAGGUCAAAUGACGAAUUGAAACAUUGUUCAGAUCUCAAAAACUUUUUCAAUUUCAAUGAAAGCGAAUCCAGUGAAUGAACAGUUUAAAGAGAAAAGAACCUGUUUGAAGGAAAGGCAAUGAUCAGUAUUUGUAUGAAUGUACAUUAAAAACGUUUUUACUUCCAAGUUCCAUACGUUGUAAGAGUGGUGUAGCUAAGCUAGCUUCGAUAAUGACGAAGAGAGAAAGUCAUGCAUACUUUAUCAUAAUUUGCAAACAACAAUUGAUUUCAAAGGAUUUUAAUAAGACAGUAUCCACUUCCAGCCGACAAUUUGAUAUGUAAAGUAAAAUAAAUUCCAAAUAUAAUAUGUAUCUUAACUCGAUAUUUGAGAUGAAAUAGAGAAGACAAUAAUAUUAUUGAUAAAGUAAA